UUUGAGCUUUGAAAAUUUUCGCACGCGCGCACAUUAUUACACUUAUUUUCUAACUGGCACGGCAUGAGAGGCGCUGAAACUUUGAUUCCAGCACGUUUUCUGACUCUGAUAGGCCACCUUUGUGUGCUAGUUUCCUUGAUAUGGGAGAGCCAGCAGAGCGUGCAGCACUGUUUACCAAGCCAGUAUCACCAAAACUAUUUCGAGACCUAUCACAGUCGGUUGGUCGCCGCUUACGCCGCGUCCAUAGUGCUCGUUUUGAUUGAACUGACUACCUUCAUACUCGGCCUAACUAUGUUCUCACCCACUGUCUCUAUGAUCUCUAUCGGUUGCCACGGAUCCGCGUGCGCUGCGCUCACAUACGGUGUGGUGGGCAGUUGGCAUUGCGGCUGGGUGUGGCCGAUUCUAGUCUUCGGUGCUGCGUUGCCUGCUGCUGCUGAUAUUAUUGCCGCUGCCUCCGCUAUAUGCGCUCUUAGACGAUAGAUUUUAUUAUGCUUCCUACAAACGAGCAUCAACAGCUGACCAACAGCACCGAGUACAAGGCCGAAUGGUCCUUCUACUUAGUGCUAGCUGGUGUCGCAACAACAUUAGGCUGUUCUCUUCCCGUCGGAUACAAUAUCAGUGUCAUCAAUACGCCUGCUGCGAUAAUCCAGAACUUCGUAAACGGGAGUGUGAUCGAGCAUUACGAUGUGGUUGUUACUAAGAGCUGGAUGAAUGUGCUAUGGUCUUCGGUGGUCGCCAUAUUUAUUGUCGGUGGCUGCGCGGGUUCCAUAUUAGGAGCUUCGCUGGCUGACAAGCUUGGCAGGAGAAAAGCGACGCUUCUGACGACUGUGAUUUCGGUGGUUGGAGCCGUCUUGUUUCUAGGAUGUCAGGCCGCGAACUCUGUGGAGCUGCUCAUAUUGGGCAGACUCAUCGUUGGUCUAUCAGCCGGUCUAACCACGAGCAUUGUGCCAAUGUACUUAGCGGAGUUGGCCCCAAUGGCCCUGGCCGGGGCAAUGGGGGUCGUGUGCCCCAUGGGGGUCAACGUCGGGGUUCUAGUGGGGCAGAUUAUGGGCCUGGACGUUAUUCUGGGUGGAGUGAACGAUUGGCCCUAUCUUCUUGCCGCCUAUGCUGUGCUAGUCAUUAUUUGUGUACCUGUUAUUUUUAUACUGCCAGAAAGUCCAAAAUAUCUUUACGUGGUUAAGAGGGAAGAGGAAACUGCUUUAAAAGAACUGAGCCGCCUCCGCGCCGUAUCUCCCAGCAUCCUCACGGAAGACCUGGAGCUCCUCAGGGAAGAGGCGCGAGCAGCAGAGGAAGCGAGCAGCCUGCAGUGGAGCAUGCUGCGCGUGCUGCAGGAGCCAAGGCUUCGGCUCGUGCUGCUGCUGACGUGCUCGAUGCAGGCUGGGCAGCAGACCAGCGGGAUUAAUGCUGUAUUCUACUAUUCCGACAUAAUCUUCCGCGGCGCCGGGCUAUCAGCUAAAGGCUCCCAGUACGCCACCAUAGGCUGUGGGGCGAUCAACGUGUGCACAGCGCUACUGAUGAUCAAGUUGCUGCCUAAGUGUGGACGAAGGCCGUUGCUGCUCGGAUCUAUAUUAGCGGCGGCCAUAUGUCUGGCCGCGCUCGCUGUGUCCAUAAGAUUUUUGGACGCGCUCGCAGGAAUGCCGUACGUAUGUAUGGCUGCAGUGUUCGCGUACGUGCUGGCUUAUGGCUUCGGACUCGGACCCAUACCGUACUUCAUAGCUUCAGAGAUGUUCGAAGUGCCCCCUCGUAGCGCCGGCAUGGCGUGGGGCUCAUUGGCCAACUGGGCCGGCAACUUCCUAGUGGGGAUGACCUUCCCCGUCGUAAGGGACGCUAUUGGAGCGUAUUCCUUCAUCAUCUUCUCCGCUGUCACUUUUGCACUCUUCGUAUUUCAGAGAUUGUACUUCCCUGAAACACGCGGUAAGAGCCCGCUGCAGAUCUCGCAGCUCUGCAGCCGCGGCUUCCGCUCCCGCCCGCUCGCCCGCCCAAGCGUCUGAUGUCCACUACUACUUUAGCCAAUUACUACUUUAGCCAAUGACUACUUUAGCCAAUGACUACUUUAGCCAAUGACUACUUUAGUUAAUGACUACUUUAGCCAAUGACUACUUUAGCCAAUGACUACUUUAGCCAGUGACUUCUUUAGCCAAUGACUACUUUAGCCAAUGACUUCUUUAGCCAAUGACUACUUUAACCAAUGACUAUUUUAGCCAAUGACUACUUUAGCCAAUGACUUAGGGUCGGUUGCACCAAACUGUUUGUCAUCGUUAAAGAGUUCGCUAAAUUUUAUUGUAUAAAAAGUUUCAUAGUAAACCGCCGCGCCGCGCCGGGUGACGUUAAUCAGUCUGUCUAGUGCGGAUGGUGCAACUGGCACUUAUUAUUGUGGAAAAGGUAUAAAGUCAAACCCGCUUAUUCAUAUAACUUUAUGAGCCUCAAUU